UAAUUUAUGAUGUCGAUCUUUUUUGACAAAUAUAAAUUCACUCUCAUAAAAAAAAUAAUUUGGCACACACAAACCUCACGCCUCUUAACAAGGUGCUCGACGAAACCCUCGCACUGCACUACUACCUCUCCAGAAUCUCAUUAUUCCUUUUUCCAUUACCAUGGAUAUCGAAGAGGACAUUCGGUCUUUACAGCUUGACUCAGCAGAAGACAUAAAUGGGGUUGUAAAUCCAGAAGAUGAGAAGCCAGAUGUUGAUAAUUUAGAUAAGAUGGAUGAAGAUCCAAAGCAGGAGGUUCAGACUCAGGCGGUUGAGGCCGAGCCAAAAGCAAAUGAUAAUGAAAUUCAGGCUGUUGAGGCCGAGCCCAAAGCAAAAGAUAAGGAAAUUCCUUCAGUUCAAGAUGAAGAAGUUGAGCAGAUGGAGAAAAGGCACUUGAAUGUUGUGUUUAUUGGCCAUGUUGACGCUGGCAAGUCUACAACUGGAGGCCAGAUACUUUUCCUUAGUGGUCAGGUUGAUGAUCGAACUAUCCAAAAAUACGAGAAAGAAGCUAAGGACAAAAGUAGAGAAAGCUGGUACAUGGCUUAUAUUAUGGACACAAAUGAGGAGGAAAGAGCAAAGGGGAAGACAGUUGAAGUUGGAAGAGCACACUUUGAGACAGAGACAACAAGGUUCACCAUUUUGGAUGCACCCGGCCACAAGAGCUAUGUUCCUAAUAUGAUCAGUGGUGCAUCUCAAGCUGACAUUGGAGUGUUGGUAAUUUCUGCUCGGAAGGGAGAGUUUGAAACUGGAUAUGAGAGAGGUGGACAAACUCGUGAACAUGUCCAGCUUGCAAAAACAUUGGGUGUGACUAAGCUGCUCGUGGUUGUCAAUAAAAUGGACGAUCCUACAGUAAACUGGUCAAAAGAAAGGUAUGAUGAAAUCGAGUCAAAGAUGAUUCCAUUUCUAAGGCAAUCUGGAUACAAUGUAAAGAAAGAUGUCUCGUUUUUACCAAUAUCGGGGCUCAUGGGUUUAAACUUAAAAACUAGAAUGGAUAAAAGCAGUUGUCCAUGGUGGGACGGGCCUUGCUUAUUUGAAGCCCUUGAUAGUAUCGACGUUCCUAUGGGAGAUCCCAAAAAUCCUUUCAGGAUGCCUAUAAUUGACAAGUUCAAAGACAUGGGAACUGUUACUAUGGGCAAAGUUGAAUCUGGGACUAUCCGUGAGGGAGAUUCCCUUUUCAUCAUGCCAAAUAAGGAUCAAGUUAAAGUUAUUGCUGUAUAUAUUGAUGAAAAUCGGGUUAAACGUGCCGGACCUGGUGAAAAUUUACGGGUUCGAGUAUCUGGUGUUGAAGAAGAAGACAUAUCAUCUGGGUUCGUCCUUUGUAGUGUUGCAAAUCCAAUACCAGCAGUUACCGAGUUUGUUGCUCAGUUGGCAAUACUUGAAUUAUUGGACAAUGCUAUUUUUACUGCUGGAUACAAGGCUGUUCUGCAUGUCCACUCUGUAGUUGAGGAAUGUGAGAUUGUUGAACUAUUGCAACAAAUUGACCCAAAGACAAGGAAGCCUAUGAAAAAGAAAGUUCUCUUUGUAAAGAACGGCGCUGUUGUAUUAUGCCGUGUUCAGGUUAGUAACUUGAUAUGCGUUGAGAAGUUCUCUGAUUUUCCACAACUAGGGAGGUUCACUCUUCGUACUGAAGGAAAAACUGUUGCUGUGGGAAAAAUCACUGCUAUGUGAGUGUAAAAUUUUUGACUGAGAGACAAAUGGAGUGGCAGCAUUGGGGCAUAUUUGACAGCAUUAAAUUUGCCAUAUAUCCAUUUCAUUUUGGAAUUUCUUUUGCUUUAUCUUGGGGCAGUACUCAAUGAAGAGUUAGUUGUUGCAGCUGGUGCCCAUGUACAAGGCCUGGUUGCUUCAGUAUUAUACUGUUGGCGGCUUCCAACCAUCAUACUGCAUGUGAUAUAUAAUUGAAAUGGAUUGUUAUGAAUCGAUCCACCCGAUUGAUCGAACAUGUUUUAUUAAUCGAACGAUUUUUCUAGUCGUAGUUGACUAGGGCAGGUUUUAUAUGAUGUUUGAUAAAUGAUUUUUUACUAUAUUAUUACUGAGUAAACCUGAUGGAAUUUUGUUCA